UCCGUGAUGUUGACCCUGUGCUCUGGAGCCCGGGACGACAGCUGCUGAGCCCGUACACCCUAGAGCGCGUGCUGCAGCAGAGAAGCCACCCCAGUGAGCAGCCCGCUCACGGCAGGGAAGAGGAGAUCCAGGCAGCAGUGAAGACCCGGCGCGGCCAAGAGCAAGCAGACGACGCUGUCAGUGCGGAGUCCCCGAGGCGAGCGGCUGGACAGUGCUGGUCUGAGCUGUGCCCCGUCUGAUGGCUUCCUCCCGUCCUCCUCAGGCUGCCGUAGGAGAUCCGCUGCUUCCCGGAGGCCCAGGCCCCUCCCCCGAGGCGGAAGACGACCCUGGCGAGGCCUUUGAAUUGGACGACAGCGACGAUGACGAGGACACUAAUGCCGGCCCAGGCGUCCCAGGCGCCGCGCAGGAGGCGGAGGCAGACACACCCCUGAUCCACUUGGACUCCACCCCCGUCGCCGACCUAGAGCCUGAACCAGAGCCCGCACGGCCCCAGACGCACAGCAGGCCGGCUUUGCAAUGCCUUCUAAAGGUGAGGACGCCAGGAGGGGAAGGGGCUCGUCCGUGCCGACCCAGCCGUGGCCUCCCCAGCCCUUCUGACUCCCGGCCUUGGGGGAGGCCGGCUGCCGUGAGCAAUGGGGACGCCGUGGACGCAGCUUUCUCCGAGGUCCAGCGCUCCAGCUGGAGGCGGAAGAGUUCCCGUCGCAUCGAGCGGUUUACUUUCCCCGCCCUGGAAGAAGAUGUGAUUUACGACGACGUCCCCUGCGAGAACCUGGACGCCCAGCAGCCCGCAGAGGCGGAGAGGAACCAGCCCUGCGAGGAUGCACACCAGGACAGGGCGCCCCGGGAGCCGGAGGACCUAGGCUGGAGCUCCAGCGAGUUCGAGAGCUACAGCGAGGACUCGGGCGAGGAGGCCAAGCCAGAGGCAGAGCCCACCAAGCAUCGAGUGUCCUUCCAGCCCAAGAUGACACAGCUCAUGAAGGCGGCCAGGAGCGGGACGAAGGACGGGCUGGAGAAGACGCGGCUCGCCGUCAUGCGCAAAGUGUCUUUUUUGCACAGGAGGGACGUCCUGGGUGACUCGGAGGAGGAGGACAUGGGGCUUCUGGAGGUCAGCGUUUCGGACAUCAAACCCCCAGCCCCGGAGCUGGGCCCCAUGCCGGAUGGCCUGACCCCGCAGCAGGUGGUCCGGAGGCACAUCCUCGGCUCCAUCGUCCAGAGCGAGGGCAGCUACGUGGACUCUCUGAAGCGGGUCCUCCAGGAUUACCGCAACCCCCUAAUGGAGAUGGAGCCCAAGGCGCUGAGCGCGCGCAAGUGCCGGGCGGUGUUCUUCCGCGUGAAGGAGAUCCUGCACUGCCACUCCAUGUUCCAGAUCGCCCUGUCCUCCCGCGUGGCCGAGUGGGACUCCACGGAGAAGAUCGGUGACCUCUUCGUGGCUUCGUUCUCCAAGUCCAUGGUGCUAGACGUGUACAGUGACUACGUGAACAACUUCACCAACGCCAUGUCCAUCAUCAAGAAGGCCUGUCUCACCAAGCCCGCCUUCCUCGAGUUCCUCAAGAGGCGCCAGGUUUGCAGCCCCGACCGCGUCACGCUCUACGGGCUGAUGGUGAAGCCCAUCCAGAGGUUCCCGCAGUUCAUCCUCCUGCUGCAGGACAUGCUGAAGAACACGCCCAGGGGCCAUCCGGACAGACUGUCGCUUCAGCUGGCCCUCACGGAGCUGGAGACGCUGGCCGAGAAGCUCAACGAGCAGAAGCGGCUGGCCGACCAGGUGGCCGAGAUCCAGCAGCUGACCAAGAGCAUUAGCGACCGCAGCAGCCUCAACAAGCUUCUGACCUCUGGCCAGCGGCAGCUGCUUUUGUGUGAGACGCUGACGGAGACCGUGUACGGUGACCGCGGGCAGCUAAUCAAGUCCAAGGAGCGCCGGGUCUUCCUGCUCAAUGACAUGCUGGUCUGUGCCAACAUCAACUUCAAGGGCCAGCUGGAGAUCAGCAGCCUGGUGCCCCUGGGGCCCAAGUACGUGGUGAAGUGGAACACAGCGCUGCCGCAGGUGCAGGUGGUGGAGGUGGGCCAGGAGGGCGGCUCCUACGACAAGGACAACGUGCUCAUCCAGCAUGCCGGCGCCAAGAAGGCCUCGGCCGCGGGCCAGGCCCAGAAUAAGGUGUACCUCGGGCCGCCGCGCCUCUUCCAGGAGCUUCAGGACCUGCAGAAGGACCUGGCCGUGGUGGAGCAGAUCACCCUCCUCGUCAGCACGCUGCACGGCACUUACCAGAACCUCAACAUGACGGUGGCCCAGGACUGGUGCCUGGCCCUGCAGCGGCUCAUGCGGGUGAAGGAGGAAGAGAUCCAUUCAGCCAACAAGUGCCGCCUGCGGCUCCUGCUCCCUGGGAAGCCCGACAAGUCUGGCCGCCCCAUCAGCUUCAUGGUGGUCUUCAUCACCCCCAACCCUCUGAGCAAGAUCUCCUGGGUCAACAGGUUGCACUUGGCCAAGAUUGGACUCCGGGAGGAGAACCAGCCCGGCUGGCUGUGUCCGGAUGAAGACAAGCAGAGCCGAGCCCCGUUCUGGUGCCCUAUCCUGGCCUGCUGCGUCCCCGCCUUCUCCUCCAGAGGCCUCAGCCUGCAGCUCGGGGCCCUGGUCCACAGUCCCGUCAGCUGUCCUCUGCUGGGCUUCUCGGCCAUCAGCACCUCCCUGCCACAGGGCUACCUCUGGGUCGGAGGUGGGCAGGAGGGUGCAGGCGGCCACGUGGAGAUCUUCUCCCUGAACCGGCCGUCACCUCGCACGGUCAAGUCUUUCCCGCUGGCGUCCCCCGUGCUCUGCAUGGAGUACAUUCCAGAGCCAGAGGAGGGCGACGGCAGAGACGGGGAUGAGGGCUGCCCCGCUGCUGACGCCUCGGCCGGGGUGCACCCCAUCAUCUGCCUCGGGCUCCAGGACGGCAGCGUCCUGCUUUACAGCAGCGUGGACACGGGCACGCAGUGCCUGGCAGCCUGCCGGAGCCCCGGCCUGCAGCCCGUGCUCUGCCUGCGACACAGCGCCUUCCACCUGCUGGCCGGCCUGCAGGAUGGCACCCUCGCCGCCUACCCUCGUACCAGCGGAAGCGUCCCCUGGGACCUGGAGAGUCCGCCCGCGUGCCUGCCAGUGGGGCCGGGGCCCGUCCGAGCCCUGCUGAGCCUGGAGGAGGCCGUGUGGGCCAGCUGUGGGCCCCGGGUCACCGUCCUGGAUGCCACCAGUUUGCAGACUCAGCAAAGCUUCGAGGCGCACCAGGACGAAGCCGUGAGCGUGACCCACAUGGUGAAGGCGGGCAGCGGCGUCUGGAUGGCCUUCUCCUCCGGCUCCUCCAUCCGCCUCUUCCACACCGAGACGCUGGAGCACCUGCAGGAGAUCAACAUUGCCACCAGGACCACCUUCCUGCUGCCAGGCCAGAAGCACCUGUGUGUCACCAGCCUCCUGAUCUGCCAGGGUCUGCUCUGGGUGGGCACCGACCAGGGGGUCAUCGUGCUGCUGCCGGUGCCUCGGCUGGAAGGCAUCCCUAAGAUCACAGGGAAAGGCAUGGUCUCGCUCAACGGGCACUGUGGGCCCGUGGCCUUCCUGGCCGUGGCCACCAGCAUCUUGGCCCCUGAUAUCCUGCGGAGCGACCAGGAGGAGGCCGAGGGGCAGCAGGCCGAGGAGGACAAGGUGGAUGGGCCGGCUCCCGAGCCGGCGCCCGCGAGCCACGUGGGCGGGGAGCUGAUCCGCAAGAAGGGCAUCCUUCUGCAGUACCGCCUGCGCUCCACCUCCCACCUCCCGGGCCCGCUGCUGUCCGUACGGGAGCCGGAGCCCGCGAACGGCUCGGCCCUGGAGCACAGCGAGGAGGACGGCUCCAUCUAUGAGAUGGUGGAUGACCCUGACGUCUGGGUGCGCAACCGGCCCUGUGCCCGCGACGCCCACCGCAAGGAGAUCUGCUCCGUGGCCAUCAUCUCUGGGGGGCGCGGCUACCGCAACUUCGGCAGCGCAGCGGGCAGCCCCGGGAAGCUGGCCCCGUGCGGGGAGACGGACAGCACCCUCCUCAUCUGGCAGGCGCCCCUGAUGCUGUAGCCCCGCCCAGGUCACACCGUAGCCCCUCCCAGGCCACUCUGUAGCCCCGCCCAGGCCACGUGGCGGCAGGCCUGGCUGCAGCCCGCCCGACUCUCAGCUUGCAGUGGGCCCUUCCUGCUGUUCAGGGUCCCCAGGGAGCACUGGGUGGCCUCGCCCUCAAGGGGCCUGCACGGGGCUGCGAGGACAGGCCUGGAACUCCACCAUCUACCUGAGUGGAGCAGAGGGAAACCUUCCUUUUUAAGAAAAAAACAAUUUCAGCGUUUAGGGGAGUGGUUUGGGUUUGGGGAGAGGGAGGACACCUCCUGAGGAGAUGGCCUUCUUUUUAAAAGCAAAAAAAAAAAAAAAAAAAAACACAAAACCUCACAACUGCCUGGCAAGCCCAGCACCUCUUGUUGGGGCCUGAGCAGGGCUCAAGGGCGGCCACACGACCCUCCUAGGAGGGUGCGUGCGUGUGAGUGUAUGAGAGCGUGUGGGCUGGUGUGUGAAUAUAUAUAAAUACGUAUAUAUGGUGUAUAUUAUAUGUGUAUAAAUGAAGUUUGUACAUAUUGGCGCUCUGGGAGAUGCUGGAAUAAAAGGCAAGAAUAAUGUCAGUGCUUGGGUUACGGGUUGCUUUUUAGUUUUGUUUUGUUUGAGACGUGAUAACCUAGACAGCAUAUUAAAAAGCAGAAACAUCACUUUGCUGACAAA